AUGAAUCUUGCCCACUCCUUACCUGGCUGGGAAGAGCAGAGGGGUGUGGAGCUGCAAGUUGCCGCCGAGCUCAGGCAGGCCCAGGCCCUUGCCAUCACACUCGCCAGUAAACAGACGGACUCUUCGUGUCUUGACUACAGCAACGGAGCCCUGACUGGUGACCUCUGUGAAGACCUGUGUGUGGCACAGAAGCUGGUGUACAAACACUGCCUUUACUAUGACAGAGGUAAGAAGGUCAUUCAGGCUGACUGGAGAGGCCAGCCGAUCAUCCUGAAAUCCAAAAAGGAAAUCUUCUCCAGCUACCAGCAUCUCAGUAUGCUAGAAGAGGUGGAAACACAGGAUAUCCCUGAAACGGAGCUUCUGCUGAUGGUAGCCUUGGAGGUCAAAAAUGUCCUGGGGCUAGAACUGUCUAACAAUACCAUGGGGCCUCUGUGGACAAGGAAGAAGGGACCACGUUGGAAAGCACAGGUGGCCAGCAUGUGGUCCUUGCUCCAGCAGGAAGAAUAUAUCUACUUCAGUUUGCUGCAGGACUUCAGCAAACACGUGCUACGAAUUAUUGGCUCUUGUGGACACUUUUAUGCUGUGGAGUAUCUCACAGCUGGACAUGCCUGGCACAAAACUCUUUUUCCCUUGGAAAAUGUGGUCGGUCCUUCCCUUGCUGGCCACAGAACCAGGGUGAGAGCCAUCAUUGACAUUGCACUCAGCUUUCUGGACAUGGUGCAGCAUUUUGAUAAUGAUUUCUCUCACCGACUUCACCUGUGUGACAUCAAACCAGAAAACUUCGCUAUCAGGCACGAUCUCACGGUGGUGGCCAUUGAUGUGGAUAUGGCCUUUUUUGAACCCAAAAUGAGGGACAUCCUUGAACAGAACUGCACAGGAGAUGAAGACUGUAAUUUUUUUGAUUGCUUUUCAAAAUGCAAUCUGAAAAUCAGAAAAUGUGGAGCACAGAGAGCCAAUAACAACUUGCAAGUAAUUUGUGACAAAAUAUUCCGUCGCUGGUUUUCUCCAAAUCUCAGAGGACCGUUGGUUUCCCUCCCCCUGCAGCUGCAGCUGCAGAAGGCUGUGCAGGAGUGUGCCGAGCCGGGGCGCGUGGAUGCUGCCGGGCACCAGAGGACUCUGAAAUCUCUCUCCGAGUUAUACCACCUCCUUCGGGUCACUCAGCGAGAACUGCAAAGGGUGUAGUAGACACAAAAGGCAGAACGGCAAAGGCCACAUCCCAGCCACUGCUAAGGGACGCUGUAUAUGAGGCAGUCUGUGUUUUCUUUCUCUCUCUUCCAUCCCUCCUACCCAUUGUACUACAUGUACAGCACAGAGAUUGUUUUUCUCCAAUGCAAAUGAAAUUCAUGGCUGCAGGUGCAGCACGUCCUGUUAAUAUCCUUUCAAGCAUGAAAUUGUUUUACGUUA